CUGGUGUUUUGGAGGACGAAAGCGAACCUCAAGACAAAUUUAUGGAUAUGGCAAAAAUAUUUCUCAUUUGAAACGACGCCGUCCGGCCGGCGGCAAAUGGUUCUGUCCUCCCGCAGUCGUUUAGAAGGGGAGGCAAUCGAACUCAGGGCGGUCGUCGGCCUCGGUGCGUGCGUGUGCUUGUGUGUGAGUGUGUGUGUUUGACUCUGUGUGUGUGUGUGACUGUGUGAGUGUGUGACUGUGUGUAAGAGAGAGACAGAGUAAGUGUGUGUGAACGUGUGUUACUUUGUGUGCGUGCCCGUGUAGCAGCGACUGGAGUGUGCGCCCCUCGAGUUGUUGCGACGCAGGCGACUUUCGUCCCGGCCCGCGCUACACACGACAGGCAGGGCGCUCUUCUUCCUCCUGGAAAGAGCAAUUUAUUUUUAGCUUAAAAAUCUCGUCAAGUUGUUGGUGGCUGCUGCUGGCUGCCGCUGCUUUCUGCCUGCAUGCGGCUCCGCAUCGUCCCCAGCUCUAUACCUGCGCGAGGGCCGGGCCGCAGGGAUACGAUGGUAUGGGCGGCCUCCAAGUUGGUAUCCGCCCAGCCUGCGCCAUCAAACUUCGUGUUGAAGCUUCAUGUUCUCUUUUUCAUUCAACUUCGCGCUCUCGGCCUGUGGCGGGGGCGGAUGCCUGGCGUGUGGGCGGGCUGCGGGCUGUGUUUGUGUUACCCGCGCGGUUCAGCGCACGUGAACUAUGGCGAGGGGGCGAAUAAAAAGAGAUCCAGCCCCAGUCGUUUGUGGAAAUCAUCUCAGCUGCCUGUACUCUCGCUGCCAGGUCUCGCAGCUGGCGCGCCGCAUCCAGUCUGAGGGCCGCAUCUGCCUGGCGCUGGGCGGGGACCACUCGGUGACCAUCGGCACCGUCGACGCCACCGUCAACGCGCACGAAGACGUCGCCGUCAUCUGGGUGGACGCCCACGCCGAUCUCAACACGCCCGCCACCUCGCCGUCCGGCUCGGCGCACGGCAUGCCGGUGGCGCUGCUAGCCAAGGACCUCGCGGACUACUGGCCCUACCUACCGGGCAUGGACUGGCAGGUCCCCAAGUGAGUGCCCCUCGCUCCUGACCCCGCUGCUGCUG